GGCGCGGCGCACGAUCUCCCAGGGGCAGGCUCGUAAUUUUUCCGCUGCGCCCGCGUCCGUCCAUAAAACCCUAAACCCCCGGCUGAUCGGUUGGUGUUGUGGUGAGGCGAGUGGAAGCUUCGAGCUUUUUUUUUCCCCCCGUUUGCUUGCUGCGCAAGAAGAAGGGGGACGAGAGAGGAGGGCGGCGAUGGCGAAGAGGCUGCUCCCGUCGCUGAACCGGGUGCUGGUGGAGAAGCUGGUGCAGCCCAAGAAGACCGCAGGCGGCAUCCUCCUCCCGGAAACAUCCAAGCAGCUGAAUGCUGCUAAGGUGGUGGCUGUUGGCCCUGGUGAGCGCGACAAGGCAGGCAAUCUGAUCCCAGUUGCUCUGAAGGAAGGCGACACUGUUCUUCUGCCUGAGUAUGGUGGAACUGAAGUCAAGCUUGCGGCUGAUAAAGAGUACCUCCUCUUCAGAGAGCACGACAUUUUGGGCACACUUGUUGACUGAUUCGCGAGCUUGUCACUAGUCUUCGGUUGAAGUGUGAGAUGCUUAGGAUCUGAUGCUGGCAAAAUCGAUGAGAAAGAACUCUGAACUGUCGUGAUGCCAUAGAGUUUGUGGUGAAACAUCAUAAGGAUAAAACUUGUUGCUUGCCUUUUGUUGUCAUGCAAUUGAGGAAACUUUCGCUUUUGAAGUGGUUCCCUUAUUUUGUUCCCCUC